GCCCAGCUCCGGGGCGCCGAGACCUCGGCCGAGUGAACAGAAACCGCUCUUCAAUUGACUGGGCCCCACCGGGAGGGCGCGUGUGCCCGGGCGAGCGCGUGCGGAAGGCAGAAGGGCAGGAAGUCAGUCUUCUGCAACGAGGGUGGCGCGACCGCGCGGGGACCGAGCCUUCCUUAUUUAUGUGUCUGCCAGCGCUCGCCUGCUUCCUCCGAAGACUUCAGGGAGAGUCUCCGAGCUGCCGUCCCCGCGUGUGAGGCCCGGAAGGGCUGGAAGUCAGAACAACAUGCCUAUCCACUAAACUCCAAACUUUUUCUUUUUUUAACCCAAAGAAUAUCGGUGAUUUUUGUCCACUGCUAGGAGAAGAAGAGAGAGCCCAGGGCUCUUGAGAUGCAGCAAAAUCCUUAUUUAUAAACAGGCCCAAGGUAGUGAUAUGCAAAUCCCCUGGACCCAGUGAGUUUUCUAUCCUAUGGAUAUCAGUUUUGAGGUUUGAGAUUGGAUUGCACCUCCCCUCUGCACUGGGUCCCGCAGCCUCCAUCCUUUCAAUGCCCUGUUUUCUCUGGGACUGCUGGCCUUCCCUGGAGAUUAGAGUGGUCCUGUGUGCCAUGGGCUGUAUUCAGAGCAUCAGAGGCAAAGCCAGAGUCUUCCGGGAAGGGAUCACCGUGAUUGAUGUGAAAGCCUCUAUCGACCCCAUCCCCACCAGCAUCGAUGAGUCCUCCAGUGUGGUGCUCCGCUACCGGACGCCCCACUUCCGGGCCUCGGCCCAGGUGGUCAUGCCGCCCAUCCCCAAGAAAGAGACCUGGAUUGUUGGCUGGAUUCAGGCAUGCAGCCACAUGGAGUUCUACAACCAGUACGGAGAGCAGGGCAUGUCCAGCUGGGAGCUCCCCGACCUUCAGGAAGGCAAGAUCGAAGCCAUCAGCGACUCGGACGGGGUGAACUACCCCUGGUAUGGCAACACCACGGAGACCUGCACCAUCGUGGGCCCCACCAAGAGAGAUUCCAAGUUCAUCAUCAGCAUGAACGACAACUUUUACCCCAGCGUCACGUGGGCCGUGCCGGUCAGCGAGAGCAACGUGGCCAAACUGACCAACAUCUACCGGGACCAGAGCUUCACCACGUGGCUGGUGGCCACCAACACCUCCACCAACGACAUGAUCAUCCUGCAGACGCUGCACUGGCGCAUGCAGCUGAGCAUUGAGGUGAACCCCAACCGGCCUCUGGGCCAGCGCGCCAGGCUGCGGGAGCCCAUUGCCCAGGACCAGCCCAAAAUCCUGAGCAAGAACGAGCCCAUCCCGCCCAGCGCCCUGGUCAAGCCCAAUGCCAAUGACGCUCAGGUCCUAAUGUGGCGGCCCAAGUAUGGGCAGCCGCUGGUGGUGAUUCCACCCAAGCACCGGUAACAGCCAGGACGCCUGGCUAGGUUAUACUCACAGACGAUGAUUCUGCUCAGACAGAACCCAACGCACUGUUGGUCAUUCAGCAAAUACAACCACUCUACCUUCUCCAGCGGGCGGAUCUCACUGUGCUGAUGCCCCCCGCCCGCCUCCCGGCUCUCGCCACCUGCUUCCUGUGGGGAGGGGGGGAGACCAGCGGACGGACAGACCCCAGGAGCACCUUCAGGGGCACCCUUCAGUGUCCCCUGGGGUCUCCUUUCCUCUUGACCUGCCGUUCACUUGCAGCCGAUCCCUGAAACACUGCUUUUUUUUUAACUCCUCUUUCUGGGGUUCAGGGGCAGGAGGAGGAGGCACUGAGUAUGGGGGAAGCCCAGGCCUCGGUGUGUGGGGCGGCUCCCCUCCUCCCUGGUCCUCUGCCACGCGGCCUUAUGUAGACUUGCUUUGCCAAACUUUUGCCUUAAGCCGAAUUUAAAGGAAAAAAAAAAAAAAGGAAA